UUUUUUUUGCAUAUUCACAAAAAUGACUUUAUUGUGGCUUUUCUUUUUUGAUCAUGGCGUAUACUCAUCCAUUAAGGUAUACAAAACGCGUCUUGUAUGGUGUCUAACUUGCUUAAGAUACAUUUAGAGUCUUGGAUGAAUGAUACUUAUCUUACCCAACUCUGGUAGAGUUUGGGUCAACAUGUAUCAUAUCAUGUUUAUUAUGAUCAACUGGGUAUUCCUUAUGCUUUGAUUGAUUUCAAAAGUCAUGCAAUAGCCCUUCAAACGGUAUCUUUCAAUGGUACUUUGAUUCCCAACACUCCACUGUAUUUUCAAUUACAGCUCUAGUAAGUAACAUAUUGGCUGCCUUUCAACACUACCCUACGCUUUGUUCCACCAAGAUUGUGAUGGAUACCACCACUGGUCUUUCAAGGAGAUUCGGAUUUAUUGAAUUCUCUGAUGAACACACGCUUUUAAGGGCAUUGAAAGAGAUGCAGAAUAAUCGCAUGAUGCUUGAUCCUAUCUCUACUCCCAUGGCGCGUUCAAAAAACAAGGCUAAAUCAGCGGCAUCUGAAAUCACCACUGUGUUUUAUCAAUCGACUUCACCUUACUGUCUCAGAACAAGAGGUGCAUGCUCAUCUAAUCAAAUAUGGGUCUAUUGUUGCAUUUAAAGUGGUGCCUAGCCGAGGAUUUUCUAUUGUUCAAUACCCUCUACGGUCAUUUGCAGACCAAAAAGUGGUGUUGAGUAAAGCACAGCUCAAAUAAAUCAUUAUUGGAAAUCUAUCGCUGAUAAAAAUCCUAUAGUCGUCCUCUGCCUGUCUAUACACUACCUAUCGGCAUACAUGCAGUGAAUCCCUUGUAGCCCAUGGAAGUCCGUCUACAGAAUAAGGCAUUUUUAUCCUUUCAAGAAGAAGCUUAUGUAAGAUGGACGAACGCUUUAUCGGUCAUUCAAAAUGAAUAAACAUGCUAUCUUUUUUAACUUUU